GUGAGUUUGAUAAUAAACUGAGGUAGAGGGACUAGUAAAGAGUUAACAAGUUGGUGUGAGUCAAUAAAUUAGGGUGAAUCAUAAAGUUGACAAGUUGUGUAUAUUGCCCACUAAUAGUCAUAGAGGCAUCAGUUUUAUUUUAACUGUUGACUCAUAUUGUAGAUAUUAUCGUUGAAGCUGAUGUUAUAUAAGGGGGGGGUUAAUCUCUGUGUUUGUAGCUUUUAUUUACCAUCAUUAUCAUAUUACAAUCUAUAGCAUGACUAUGAAGGUUGCAGCAGCAUUAAGGUUGAAAAACGACUACAAUUUACAAUUGAUUGCUUUAAAGCAUCGAAUAAUGUCAAAUCUUGUAGUUGAAGAAGGUCAGGAGCCUGAUGAAAGUCCCAAGAAGUUGAUUGCACUUUAUCAUCAAGUUUCACAGAAUUACCAAGCUUUAGUUACCAAGAUAAAUUUGCAUAAUUCUUCAACAACGGUUGAAUAUCCGUCCUAUCAUGACAAUUACAAGUCUGGCCAUUUGAUUGGUGAUUUAUUCUCUAAUGAUCUCCCACCAGAUUUGGUUUCCAAAGAGAAGUACAUAGUACAAGCCUUAGUAGAACGUGAGUCAUUAAAGGCAGAGAUCCAAACAUUCAAAUCAAUUUUAGAUCGCUCUAAAGUAUCCAGAAGUUCCACGCGUGAUAUAUUAAAGGUAGCUGUGUUGGAUGUACAACAGCUUCAGAAAAAAAUAGAUACCAUGGCUAAAUUCUUAAGAAUAAUGGACGCCAAGAUUCAAGAACACAAUUGGUUACAAGAUUUAAAAGAGAUAUAAGAUAUUGUAUCUCUUAAAUAUGUUGGUAUCCAUUCGGAAUUCAUUCAAAACUAAAGGCGAACAAUAAGCCUGCCAGCAACGUGGGUGAAGUGGAUGGGCGGAGAUCUACAGAUCUGUGCCUUGAUACAGUUGCAACGUACACCAGCUUUAUCGAUUAUUAUUUUUCAUUAUCAUCAUUUGUGAGACACUUACAGCUCCUUCUGACAUACAACCUUACAUUUUACAUCUUACUACUAAUUGUUGAUUUAGUUUUGAGUAUAUUCCCU